CCUUCCGGCAGCCCCGCGUCACUUCCGCCGGGCCGAGCAGGACGAGAUGGCGGCGCUGGGCGAGCCGGUGCGGCUGGAGCGAGACAUCUGCAGAGCAAUUGAAUUGCUGGAAAAAUUACAGAGAAGUGGAGAAGUGCCACCACAAAAGCUGCAGGCAUUGCAAAGGGUCCUUCAGAGUGAAUUCUGUAAUGCUGUAAGGGAGGUGUAUGAACACGUGUAUGAAACUGUGGAYAUCAGCAGUAGCCCAGAAGUUCGAGCUAAUGCAACAGCAAAGGCCACAGUAGCUGCAUUUGCUGCCAGUGAAGGUCAUUCUCAUCCCAGAGUGGUUGAACUACCCAAAACCGAAGAAGGUCUUGGAUUCAACAUCAUGGGAGGCAAAGAACAAAAUUCUCCAAUUUAUAUCUCUCGAAUUAUCCCUGGAGGUAUAGCUGACAGACAUGGAGGCCUGAAACGAGGAGACCAGCUGCUUUCUGUAAACGGAGUGAGUGUUGAAGGUGAACACCAUGAAAAGGCAGUGGAACUGCUGAAGGCGGCUCAAGGAAAGGUUAAAUUAGUUGUGCGAUACACACCGAAAGUCCUGGAAGAAAUGGAGUCGAGAUUUGAAAAAAUGAGAUCGGCAAAACGCAGGCAGCAAAAUUAACAAUGUAUGCAAUAACUUAUAAAGAAAAUACAUAUUCCUUUUACAUUUUAUAGUUUCUUUGUGACUCAGUUGAUCCAAUGCCUGUUGUAAGACACCCUGUCCUUUUCAUAGACUAGUGGAAGGAUUGAGGUUGGAGGGACUAGGUCUAGUCCACCCCCCASUGCCCCAGCUUAGAGGAGGGCCAGCUAGAGCAGGUUGCUCAGGAGUGUGACAAGCUGGUUUUAAACAUCUCUAAGGAUGGAGACUCCAGAAGUUCUCUGGAYAGUCUGUUCUAGUGUUUUGCUCUCCCUUAUACUAUGAAGGUCUAUUCCUAUAUUUAARUGGAGCUUCUGGUAUUUCCACUUGAGCCUGUUGCCUCUUGUCCAGUCCCUGGAUGUACUGGGAAGGGCCAGGCUCUUCAUUUGCUCCUCCUUUUCACACAUUUACAAAGAUUGGUGAGAUCACCCGAGCCUUCUCUUCUCCAGGCAAGGGAGACAAUCCCAGUUCUCUCAAGUUCUUGUCUAUAAGAUACUCCAAUCACUUCAUCGCCUUUCUGGCCCUUAACUGGAUUCAUUCUUCUGUGCCCAUUUCUGUACUGAACUGGGGAACCCAAAACUGGACCCAGGACUYGAGUUGUGUGUCACAAGGACUGAGCAGAGUGGAAGUAUCCCCUCCCUCAGCUUGCUGGCAAUGCUCUUUCCAAUGUAGACCAGGAGAUUGUU